UACCAUCAUUCGAGAAAAGAAAAUUCAAAAGUCAAGAAUAGCCAUUAUUAAGAAUAAAAUGAUUAUUUCUCAAAAAAAUAAUGAUUUGCUGAUUGAACGUGUGGCACCUCAGCAAACCGAGUUGCUCCACGCUACCGCAAAAGCUGGGAAGCAAUCGCAGGUUGUACAACAAAAAAUAACUAAUGACUGUAGCAGUGUACAAGCUAUCGAAAACUUCAAGAUCAGUGAUGAGGAAGAGGUUCAACCGCCAUCAAAAAUGCUUAGGGUGGAUAAACUCGAACAGCCACAUACUCCAGUAGAUAAGUGGUUUGUAAAUAACAUCGACAUUUCCAAGAUAUGUCUCGAGUAUCGUGUAGUAGUGGUUAAAAAAUGCGAAUCCAAGGCAGUCAUCCUGAAUGCUAUCGAGGAACUGGCUUUAAGCCAUGUAUUUGUUUUUCAGGAAGAAAGCCCCCACGGAUUGUGCGAAUAUAUCGGCGAUAAAAUAUGGGAAAAGCUUUUGGUUGAGUUUCGAAAACUGUAUCC